GUCCAUAGCGAGGUUGCUAAAGUAGGCAGUGAGCCCGGGGUUGUUGAUUAGCCCAGGCGAUCCUGUGAUGUCCUGUACUCUGCCAUUAUGCCUUGGUCGAUGCCUGGGCUAUGAUCCAUUCACUAAAAGUAGAGUGUGCGUUCAGAGUUACUGUUAGAGACAGGUUUUUAUAUUACAGUAACACCCAUCACGAAAUUAAACCUUCACCAUCUACCAUGCGAAUUCCGACGCCGUUUUGUCGUCUGGUCUCCAUGUUGUGCAUGACCUUCACCCUGACCGGACUCUCUCAGACCCUUGACGUCACCGGAAACUCAGUUGAUGGCCCCAACUAUGGCCUGCUCAUGGACGCUGGAAGUACCAGCACCAAGCUUAAAGUGUACAGAUGGUCCAAGGCUGAAUCCCACAAGCACACGCCUACCGUACAUCUCGUGGUAAGUAAGAGGUUCAAACCGGGACUCAGCGAGUUCAAGGGCACGGAAGAGGAGCUGAAGACCUACUUGACCAAUAUACUGGACCAGGCCAAAGCAUCGGUGCCCGAGGACAAACAAAAGGACUCGCCUAUUUACCUCUACGCCACUGCGGGUAUGAGGUACUUCAGCGCCGAGAGUGCCACACACCUGAUGUCCAUGGUCCGCUCCCUCCUGCUGAACACGUCCAUCAGCCCCUUCCAGUUCUCCCUCAAUAACGCUCAGAUCAUCUCCGGGGAGGAGGAGGGGGUCUACGCCUGGAUCGCCGUCAACUAUCUCAACGGUUUCUUUGAGCACAAGAAUCUCCCCACCAAGUCUGCAGGAGUCCUAGAGAUGGGCGGGGGCUCCACGCAGAUCGCCUUUGUACCUACUGGACCUCUCUACUCGGAAGAGUUUCAAGUGAGGGUGGCUGGGGUGAGGUACCAGCUGUACGUCCAGAGCUAUUUCAACUUUGGCUCAAACGGCAUCAGUGACCAGGUGAUAGAACGCUUGGCCACGGCCCAGCCAAGGGCCAGUAAGAUCUGGAACCCGUGUAUGUUGACUGGUGAGCUCUGUGUACCAGCCAGCUAUACCAAGCACAACUUUCUACGCCUCAGGGGCCUUCACAUUCACGCCAAAGACUUUGGGCGUCCUGGGGGAGGACUCGGUGUUGGACAUUGACAAACUACAGAGGGCGGCGGAGCAGCACUGUAGACGGGAUCUGGAUACAGCUGUGGCACAGGGUGUAAACAAAGCCUACGCUUCAAGCGACUGUCUGAUCGGCUUGUACACGCCCACCCUGCUCACUCUUUCCUACGGGUUCCCGCGAGACGCCAACAACAUCCGGGUCGUCUCCAAAAUACGCGGGGAGCGAAUAG